ACGGUGUGAGACACAUUGCAAAUCAGUCGAGUGAAGAACUCAAGAUGAAUUAUCAACUACUUCUUUUGAUCCUCGGUGCUUCAGUGGCUUUGGCAGAAUUGCAAAUGGACUUUCCAAGACCUCCGAGACAAUGCCAAACAGAGUAUGACAACUGCAUCAGUAACGCAGGAAAAAAGCCAUGUGGAAAGGUUUCCUGUGAAGUCGACGCUAUCAAGUGCGCCAGGAAAAAUUUGCCUUCACCACCAUCCAAUCCAAGUUGCAAAAAGUUCUUCAAUUGUGUCGACCAGGCUAAUAAUUGCAAGGCGCAGGGAAGUUGCCUUGUUCUCUUGGAAGCGUGCAAAGGCGACAUGAACCAAUCCAAACGGGAAUCGAACAAACUUCGCCCGUCGGGAGGGCCAGUUCCGGCUAAAUGAAGAAAAGUCCAGUCCGAGAGUGCAUAGUUUCGAGUCUUGGAUAAAAUGUAGCUAUUAUGAAUGAUGGUGUCAGGCGAAAUAAAGCACUGAAAUAAAUCAA